AUCAAUGUUCUAUUAGCAAAUCACAUAAAUAAGUUGAAUUAAAAUUGUUGUUGUUUGAUAAGAAAUAAUAAAAUUUUAAUUUUUCUAAUAUUUGAGGUUUCAUAAAGUAUGCUUGUAUAUAUUGUCCUACAAUUUAACAAUGAUGGUGGUAAUAAUGGCUGGGAGUAAUAUUGAUAUGACCAAGUCAAAUAAUAAUCACAAAGUAUUCUGAGCUUUUGGCAACAUUGGAACCUACUUGAUUUAAACUUCAAGGUAAAGUCAUCUUUGCCGUAAUUGACGUUUGUAAUUUUGUAUCAUCGUUUAACAAGUCUUGGAAGUUAGCAAUAUUUUGUAAAACAUAAACGAAAAUGGCUUCUAAAGGGUUAUAUUACACUCCUCCUGGUACAGACGGAUCGGAACAUGAACAUAGACAACGAGUCGCUAGUCGCUAUCAAACAAGCGCUUUAAAUAAGUCGAGACUGAAAUGGUGCAUCUUCUUCCAUUAUAUACUAUUCUUUGUGAUGCUUGCUAAGCUCUCAGCUGAUAUACUGGAUAAAUUAGAUAUUUUCAUUCUGGAAAUUGAAGAACUUGAUAUCCCAAAGCCUCUACGUUGGGAAUAUCUAUGGUGCAUAAGCUUGCUGUUAUCCUUCAUGGCUUUAGAAGCCAUUAAGAAGAAUAAGAUAUCUUUAAUAAGAAAUUACAUGAUUGGACUGGUUCUGUUUGGAUUUCUGCCUCUAGUUUAUGCUUUUUCUUAUUAUUUGCCCGAUGUUUUAGUUUAUGUCUUGCAUGAAGAAGAAUAUGAGAUUGAGGAAAUCCAUAUGUGGCGGGGCUAUCCAUAUGGUAUGCUGUGGUAUGCAUUUAUUCUGUUGGCAACACAAGUUCACAUAUUUUCCAUGUUCUUUUCUUGGAAUUUGUUCAAAGCUUGGAAACGCAAAGUUGACAGAACUGAUUAAAGUAAUGCUGAUUUAUAAAACACAUUGCUCAUUGUUGAUUAGUUCAAAUGUUUAAAUUUUGUUUAUUUAAAUGUGUUUGGAAUAAUUGUUAAAGCAUCAUUAAAUAUGAUAGCUUCUUUUACUUCCACAAGGCUGUUUUCACUAGUCAUGAACAUACUUUGAUGCACAAUUUUAACAAAACCUGUUGAUAUUUUUAUAUAAAUCACUCCAUAGUUAUAAUUCUAGAUUAAUGUAAGGUAUGGAAGCGAAUGGAUUUGAUUUUAUAGAAAGAAAACUAGCUCAUACCUUAAACAUGUUAAAAUUAUACAUAUCAAAAUAUAAUUGGUGAUUUAUAUAAAAUAAUUUGCUCAUACUGCUGUAAGUACUCCUGUCAUAUUUUUUUAAUUGGAGACUCAAGAAAGGAACAAAUUGUGCAUUGUACAUAAAGCAUCUAUGCCAAAACUCACCAUACACAUUGUACCUUUUCCACUUUUAUACCUAUUAUUCAGGUAAAUUCCUAAAUAACUUGUUCAUUUGGUCUUAUAUAUUCCUUUGAAUUGUUUAUAGUAAAUUAUUCAUUUGUUUUUCUAUAUAAUAGAUUAAUUUUCAGUAUGCAAUAUGGAAUUGUGUACCUUAAAUGAGAGACCAUUUUUGAAGCUCUAUUUCGAUGAAUAAAAGUUUAUUUUAUA